AUGAAGACGCACGUGCCUAAUUUGAUCAUAUUUUACGCGGGUUUGCCCUCUGUUGGCGAUACGACCGCGGAUCUCGUCAAAAUCCCUGCACACACGGGCAUCAAAGGCAUUCUUUCGGGAUUUGUAAAGAACGGUCGUUGUCAGCGGCGGAACGGAGAAACAACGGGGGAAAAGCCAUCAUGUCCGAGCCAAAGCCUCGCAUCAGACGAUGAAGCCGCUGGGACACCGUAUUGGCGUAAUGCUCGCCGAACGGAAGUGACAAACGAGAAAAUCGCGCCGUCUCAGAUCAGAACUCAAGAACCACAUUCCUUCAGGGCCCCGAAUAGCCGCAUUCCAGAAGUAGAGCUUGAUUUAGCUGCACAAAAAGAGGAACGGGAACGAAGGAGGAUUCCGAAUAAUGACGCGCGGGGAAGAAACGAAGUGGCGAGCGAAAGGAAUAAUGUGGCGAAAGUGUGUAGUGUAGUGUUGGUAUCCGGGGAUCCUCUUAGGAGAUCGCAGCGCGGCCAGCGAGGAAACUCUUCCGUCGCAGCAGCGGCAUUGGGAGGGAUCUACGAAAAGAUUAUCAUUGUGCUCUGGGCGGUCGGAGGCUUCGGCGGCACAUUGGUGUUCCUGGGCGCUCUCUAUUUGAUCUGCCGCAAGAGGCGGCGUGUGACGACAACGAAGCAGAAGAAAUCUGGCGACGGCUCGGCUAAUAGCAAUUCCACGCACCACCAAUCUUCUUGCUCUGAUCCGCCGUCCAAAGAAGAUUACUCCCUAGUCCCUGCUGCAUUUGACCGGUUCAAGGAGCAAAAAAGCAGCCCCGACAUCAUCCUUCAAGUCGGCAUUGCGGAUCCCGGAUCUUUUGUCCUCGGGAACCGAAUCACCUUAACACCGAAAGCGCGGCUCGAAGCCGGGGACGUCAAAGGAAAAUUGAUAGCGAAAAAUUGCGAAUGUCUGGGGGUAGUUCGCGAGCGGAUUACUGUGACUAGUGGGAAGACAGCUUGCUGUUGGAAGAGCUUCUUCCUCCAGGAAGCGGAAUGA